UAGAAGGAUUGGUUGGUUGAUCUUGUUUCAAAAAUACCAGAUGUGACGUACUUUAACAUUGUCCAAUCCCGGCUGAGCCUGUUUGUUCAACCCAGUAGCCGAUCAGGUAUGUUAUUGAAAGUCUUUCCAAAAGAAGUUGUGGAAAAACGGUAAAUUGAUGUAUGAAGGCUGUUCUAACGAGGCAUUAUAAUUUUUUUUUAUUUUUAAUAACCUGUGAUAUUACAACCAGACGGGAGCAAUGAGCUCUUUGCUUGAAGAAUCUGAUGGAAAUGCUUCAGGCUCGUUUUUGGUGUCCGGGUCCAGCAGCCCUGACCCCCUGAACAAGGGCUAUUUAUUCGAUUCCUCCAGUAACAGCAGUUUUGAUGAUGCAGAUUAUGUCAUUCCUGAAACGCCAAGCCCAGUUUUCUCUAAAAUGAGUAAGAGGCACAAGGAGUUAAAGCCAUCCUGCAGUAGAAAUCUCAUCAGUGAAGGAAAACGCAAGAAUGGAUUGAGUAAAGCAGUUGAUGUAAAGGAAGAUGAAAGUGCACUGCCCAAGACUCCCUCCCACCAGAAACCGAAACGACAGAGGCUCUGUCCAGUUGAUGCAUUGCAGUUGUCCAGCAGCAAGGACAGUAAAGAGGUGAGCAGGUGGGGUUCCUGUGGAGAAGCUGCACUGUACAAUGGAUUCAUACCUGCCUCCCACUUGUUGGACACAGGACAGUCUACCUCUAACCAUCAUUUGCCAAACAUGUUCCCUGGCGCUCUUGGCAUGCCGUUUUCCGCAGAAACGCACCCAGGGGCAGGAGAGAAAAUAUCUGCUUCUUCGUUACUUUUGAAGGAAGGUUCGGACCAGCCCAGCUACACCAGGAGGAAAGGGGAAUCUGUUGCAAAGAGUCACCAAAGAGGAAGCAAGGGGAAGUCCCAUUCUAAAUCCAGAUCAAAGACUGUUCAAGCUUUCCCUACGGCUCUGCAGGGCUUGAAUUCUCCAACUCUAGAUCCUGCAGCAGAUCCGUUUAAUGGUGGUUCUAACAGUAGCUCUCCUAGUUUAACCCCCUGCUCUGUAUUGGAAACAGCAAAUUCUGAAUGGAUAGAUGUGUUGGAAAGGCCGUCCAGUCUGUCAUGGGGACAGAAUGCUGCCUUCCAGAGGAGCAAGCCCCCGCUACUGGUGAUUAAUGAUGAGGCAGAAAUAUUAAUCAGCGAUGAUGAAACUGGCCAUGAAGCUGUGGUUCGAAAUGCUCAGAUGGAAGAAGAUGAAGCCUUUGCCCGAUGCCUCCAGGCACAGUUUGACAGUGAAGAACAACCUGCAGUUGGGCAAGGUCGAUCUACGAGACACCAAGCACCCACGCUCGGGGCCAGUGGUUCAGCAGGGUUCUGCGGUAUUCCAGGGUGUUAUGCAUUUGCUUCCAGUGAUGUAGGUUACUGUAGGAGAUUUGGGUGUAGUGAAAACUUCAUGACAGGGGGGAUUCCCAGUCAUUUGGAACAUUGUCUAAUGGUUGUUCACCAAGCCACAGGAUACAACAGGCCUACCCGUUCUCGUGGAAAUGGAAGAUCCAGGCGCUCAAGGCAAAGGCAGCAUAUUCAAGAUCUGCUUGAUGAGAGUCAGGGGGACAAUUAUGAGGCACUUCUAGCUUUUGAGGAGAGUCAGGGUACAGCCUUGGGGAAGAAGACUCUGAGCAAGGGAGAGAUCAACCGCUUACCUACAAAACUGUUCAACCCUGCCUAUGCUGCAGGAAAGACUGACUGUCAGAUCUGCUUCUCCAGCUACAUGGAAGGAGAGCAGCUAAGGAUGCUGCCUUGUCUUCAUGAUUACCACGUGCCAUGCAUUGAUCGCUGGUUACAGGAAAAUGCAACUUGUCCCAUCUGCAGAGUGGAUGUUACAACAGAUGUAAUGUGAAAACCUCCUUAGGAAAAAUAUCAGGAGCCAUUUUCUGCAAUCUGAGCUGAUUUGAUACCUUUACUACUUUAACCUCAGGAUGUAUUGAUGCUGCAUUAACCAGCUAAUGCCUCCAUAUCAGAAAGCUGGAUUGAGGAAGCCAAAGCUAUCAUAUGACCAUUUGAAUGUUUUUAUUUUAAUUGUAACAUUUAAAUCAAAGAUACAAAAGGAGCUUUAAUGUCAGUUAUCAGCCUUAAAGCUUCAAGUUGGUAAAUCACUUUUACCCAACUUAUUCUGUAGUGUUAAAUGUUUGGUCAUUUUUGGGGCUCUUUGUUUUAUUUAUUUUAACACUUGUACUACUUGUUUUACCACCUGUUUGAUGAUGCUUUUGCACCACAAGCAUCACUGAUACAAUAUGUCUAUAAUAAUAAUUUCUAUAAACAGUUUGGCUAAAAAUAAAAAAAUAAAACCAUGUUUUGUC